UUCCGGGACUGCGACUUACAGACCCCCGGCUACUGCAAUUACAGGGUCCCGGAAGCUCUUCCGGAAGGUUUCUCCUGUAGCCAAUCAACGUUGAGGCCUUCCCCGGAAGGAGGCGUCUCCCGGAGCAACCAACCCGUCCGUCCGCCCGUCUUGAGUUUGGUGGCGGGAAAAGCCAUGAGUAAAAACCGGGCCGAGGCUGCGGCUGGAGCCCCAGGGAUCAUCCUGAGGUACCUGCAGGAACAGAACCGGCCCUACAGUGCCCAGGACGUGUUCGGGAACCUGCAGAAGGACCAUGGACUGGGCAAGGCGGCGGUGGUGUAGGCACUGGAUCAGCUGGCCCAGCAAGGCAAGAUCAAAGAAAAGACGUACGGCAAGCAGAAGAUUUAUUUUGCAGACCAGGACCAGUUUGACACAGUGAGUGAUGCUGACCUCCACAGCCUGGAUGCUAACAUUGUGGCCCUCACUGCUAAGGUGCAGAGCUUACAGCAAAGCUGCCGCCACAUGGAAGCUGAGCUGAAGGAGUUAACGAGUGCGCUGACCACUCCUGAGAUGCAGAAAGAGAUCCAGGAGUUGAAAAAGGAGUGUGCUUGCUACACAGAGCGACUGAAGAACAUCAAAGCAGCUACCAACCAUGUCACUCCAGAAGACAAAGAGGAGGUGUACAGAGAGAGGCAGAAGUAUUGUAAAGAGUGGAGGAAGCGGAAGAGAAUGACCACAGAGCUGUGCGAUGCAAUCCUGGAAGGAUACCCCAAGAGCAAGAAGCAGUUCUUUGAGGAAGUUGGGAUAGAGACAGAUGAAGAUCAUAAUGUUAUGCUCCCAGACCCCUGAAGGGCGGGCCCUAG